UGAGCAGAAUCCAAGCUUUCUGGCUUCAAGCAAGAUUUCUUCCUUUUAUUUCAUAGAACCAUUGAAAUCAUCAUUGAAAUUCAUUUUCAACUAGAAAAACCUGCAGUUAGAAGAUACUUUCACGCAUUUUUUAAAUAGGUCCGUCAGUGCACCGGAACUGAUUAAUUUUCAAAAUGCAAGCUGUUCGUCAGUGUUCGAGGUGUGCAAGAUGUGCUGUUGGAGGACUUCUGCGAAACCAGACAGAUAUUUCACUGCUGCAAAGGAGAGAAGGAGCCUGCAUCCGCUUCCUGAGCAGUUCUGAGAUGAGGAGGCUUGGAGUCCAGAAGGCUGGGGAUCAGACAAAUCCAACACAGACCAGCUCCGCGUCUUUAAGUGUUGGCCAGGGGAUUUGGCAAGUGGAAAACCUCUCACAUAGCUCACUGAUCAAGAGGGCCGCCUCGCUGGUGACAGAAAGUUCUGGCACUUUCCUCACGCAGGCCACCUCUGCUCUCACUGAUGCCCUUGCAGAUUACUCAAAGGCCGUGCACUCACGCAUCGCUUUCCAAAGACAAUAUUUGGCCUCAUUGGGGAGAGUGAAUCUAGCAGAGGAGGAGUCCCUCCAGCAGGCAAUUAGAAGCUGGCGCGCAGAGGCUGCUGAGAGACUGAACCAAUGCAAAUGUUACGAAUCCACAUGGAACAAUGCUGUCAACCUGUGUAAAAUGGCAGCUGAUGCAGCUUACAGCUCAGGGGCUCAGAAAGCGUCCAUCUCGGCCAGAGCAAACAUUCAGAUGGCCCAAUCGCAACUGGAGGAGGCACGGAAACUGUCAGCAGAGGCUGAUAAGAAACUGGCCGAGACUAAAGUAGAAGAGAUCCAGAGGAUGGCAGAGUAUGCUGCUUUCCGAGCAAACAGUGAAGAGCAUGAGAUGCAUGAGGCUUAUCUACGAGAGGACUAAAAUAAUUGUCAAUAAAUAAUGCAAAACAGCUAAUGAUCCAUAAAUUAAGAUCUGCAUUAAUCUAAUGAGAAGCAAGUCUUAUUUUGAAAUUAACAUUAGAGCGCUGGGUAGCUUGACCGGUACAGAGGCCGCAGUGCUUGUGCUGCUGGCUCGGCUUCAAGUCCGGUCUGUAGCCCUUUGCUCCAUGUUUGGCUCUCUUCCCUGUCGGAAAACUGUCAACAAUGGUGUCUAGAGCCUAAUCUCAAAAACAAAUAGCACUUUGGACUUAUUUACAGUGUAUAUAUACUUUUUCUUUUUUUUUUCCUCGAUAUCAGCAAAUUGAACUAAGGUAUCCUUUGAAUAUGUUAUACCGUAACAUUUUUACAUUGU